GUCACUGUCAAAAAAGUAAUUUUAAAUUUCUAAUUUGGCGGCUAUGAGUUUCGUGGAACAAGUGAAGAUAAUCCAAAAAGAGAAAUAUAUUUAAAACAUCAUACAGAAAUGCAUAGCAGAAAUAGAAUUCGGUUUUCAUCAGGAACUGAAGAUAGUUUAAUAGAGGAUAAAAGUCGACAAAAUUCAUUUACACCUAAACGAAGCACAAGAAUACGUAGCAAACCAAAAAAAUAUGGCGAUAUGGAGUUAACGCCAACAAAAAGAAGAAGCCUGAUUGAAUAUGAAAGUUCCGAAGAGGAAGAUGUUAAGAGAUCAUGCACGGAAAAACCUACAGCUUUGUUCUGCAGUGAUGAUGUUGACGGGCAAGAUAUAUUCAAAUUUAAAUCUCGGCACACAAAGAAUGACCUACAGAACAUAGUCAAGGCAGCUGUAAGCAAUUCUCCAUUGAUGACACCCAGCAAGUCUAGAACAAGCCGUCUCCUAAGCACUACUGAGGCUACUCCUAGGCAUGUCACAGAUAUCAUAAAAAAGAGAAUAAAGAGGGAAGUGCAAAGUGAGAGUUCGGAGAGUGACUUCUCUGAUGGAAGCAGCAGUGACUUUGUACCUGAUAAAAGUUAUGAUGAGUCAGAUUCUUCUUCUGCGCCAGAGACUGCUGAAGAGAAAGAAGAAGAAAGUAAUGAAGAAAAUGAGAAAAGUUCUUCACAUUCACCACAAAAAGUACAAAUUGUAAACAGAAAGGACAAUAGGACAAGGCCAAAAGAUUCUGAAUAUGUUGUUACUCCUGAUAAUUACUUCUUGAUGCAUUCAAGUAAAAAGAUAACAACAUCAGAUCACACUCUCGCCAGACUUAAGAAUAUGAACUUGAAUGACGAAAACGAAACUAUUUAUAUAUCAAAAGAGCAUGAGCACAAGAUAGCCGAUUUAGUACAAUCAUAUGAGCAUCUAUUUGACAGAUGGCUAUAUGUAUUAAGUGAGAAUUUCAAUGUUAUUUUAUAUGGAGUGGGUUCCAAGCGUGGAGUCUUACAACAGUUCCAAGCCAAGAACCUUAACGACCAACCUUGUAUUGUUAUAAAUGGUUUCUUCCCCAGUUUAACAAUCAGAAGUAUUCUAGAGACGAUAGUUAUAGAUUUGCUAGAAAAUUCCAGAGUACCCUCCAAUAUUGGCGAUACGAUUGAUUUAAUUGAUUCCCAGUUAUUGGAAAACAAUGUUGAUUUGUUCUUGAUUGUACAUAAUAUAGACGGAGAUAUGCUACGUAACUCAAAGUCACAGGCGAUUUUAGCUAGUCUGGCACAACUGAAGAAUGUUCAUAUGAUUGCAACUAUCGAUCAUAUUAAUGCACCACUCUUGUGGGAUUGCGGCAAGUUGAGCAAGCUGCGCUGGACAUGGUGGGACGUGACAACAUUCGAGCCGUACGCGCAGGAGACGGCGCAGGCGGCGGGCAGUGCGGCGCGAGGCGGUGGAGCGCUGCAGCUGGCCUCACUGGCCGCAGUACACCGCUCGCUCACCGCCAACGCGCGCGGCAUCUACAACCUCAUCGUGCGGCACCAGCUACACCACCACAAGCAACAAAAUUAUCAAGGUUUACCUUUCAAGGAUUUGUACUCAAAGUGUCGAGAGCAGUUCCUGGUGAGUUCCGACCUCGCGCUCAGAGCUCAACUCACCGAGUUCCUCGACCACAAGCUGGUUAAAAUCAAAAGAACAUAUGAUGGCGGUGAAAACUAUAUCAUACCCAUUGACAGUUCAUUAUUACAGCAGUUUUUAGAAGAGCAAGAUAAUUAAUUUACUAUGUUGCUGUCUUAUUACUUUUAAAAUGGUACAAUUUUCCAGUCAAAAUAGAAACAUUAUUGUAGAUUCAUAUCUGAAUGUGGUCCAUAUUUUCUCAAGAAUUUUUAUUUUAUGAAGAGUUUUUUUUAAAAGUAUGUUUAGGGUUUACAAUUAUGCAAUACCCAAAUUUUUAUGUGUUUUUAAGGCACAUAUCAUUUAUAUCAAAUAAUCUCUUUUUAUCUUCACAAUAAUGCAAAAAUCUAAUUACUACUCAGUGCCAAAAUCCAUGAAAUAUAAAUUAAAUUUUGGAUGUGAAAAUAUAGUUUUCUCAAUCUAGAAAUUAAAAAAAAAAGAUAUGGUUUUAAUAAAACUAUAAGAUAAGGUUCAGUUUUUAUUUUACAAUCCCAGAAAUAAAGUCUUAAUAGGAUUAUAUAAUAUAUAUCAACAGGCCAAGUUGUAAAUUACUUAAACUUAAUGACUUACAUAAUACAAUAAAAUUAUUAACUAAAAAUUCUCUUCAACAUAUCUCUGGCACAUUCACCAUGACGCAUCAACCGAACAUUUCAUAACUAUCAUUGAUACAAGUGCAUAAAUUGCUCUUUUUAAGAUUUAAAUAUAUUGUAGAAAAAUAUUCUCUUAACUCAUCAGACGCCCUAGUAUUUGAUACGAUAGUUGAUUUGUUUACGCUCUUUGUCGACACUGAUGAGCGGAAUUAUCAUUAGUGAGAUUGCAAUAUAAUUUUGAUAUCAUUUGGGUAUUUAACACAUUGCCUGAAUUAAUCAAUUAUCUAUUACAUAUUAAAAUUGCUCACUCUUGAUCACCAUCUAUGUUCAAUAACGUCCAAAUCACGAGUACAAAAUUAUAUCUAAGUUUCGUCGAAGGAUUCACUUGUAAAUUUUACAAAACAAAGUUCUUGACCUAGAUGUAUAGCAAAAUGUUAAUAUGGAUAACUUUGCCAUAGGCAUAAUUUAUUUGUUAUGUAAUGUACAUUAGAAAAUAUUUCCAUGUGUUUUGUAACUAAUAUAUAAUAUAUUUUUAUUAAUCAAAGUUAUGAUUAGAAUUAACUAGAGAAAUAUGAUAUUUUAAUAAGAUUUUUUAGAAAUGUCGAUAGUAAUAAUAAUGUUUGUACAAUCCGUGAUUUUAAAGUAUUUAUGUAAUUGAUUCUUAGUACUGUAUUGCAUUAAACCUGAUGUUCACACGGUUUUCGCCACUCAGCAAAGGAACACACCAAAAUUGAUUAAACACGAGUCAACAUUACACCUGUAUUAAAACAUGUUAUUUAUUCAAAUAUGUGAGAAAAUAAUAUGUUUUUUAUACAAGUUUAGACAUUGGAAACAUUAAAAUAUGGUAUAAAAAGACAGCAUAUCGAAAACAAGUUGAGGUUAAUCACAGACUUGUUAUGGUAUUCAACUUAACAGAUGUUUUGUCGUAAUUCGUUCUUUUGCCUUGUGGAGAAAGCGUAAAAAACUCGGGCGGGCGUUGGUUAAAUGUAUAAUUAUUAAAAAUUUACAAGUGAAAUCAUAGACAUUUAACAUUAAUGGUGUUCAAGAGAGUAAAUAUAUUUUUAAAAUCAAUUAAUAAAAUAAAUUCAAACACAAUAAUAUAUACAAGUCAAUCAAAAGUAUGCAGUUUGCCCCUACUAACAUUUUAUUUUAUUCUUUGCUUUU